AUGGAUAUUGUUGGUUCAAUCUCUGCCAUUCUUGCCGUGGCAGAGGCCUUCGAUCACCUUUUCAGAAGGCUUCGCCGAUGCUAUCGCUGUCUCAAGUAUGCGAGGGACGACGUCAAGAUUAUCAAGGACGAAAUUGAACCAUUCGGCACUCUUCUCUGCCUAUUCCACAGCGCCGUCACGGACGAGCGCUUGGCCGACGAAGGUCUAACCAGGAAAAUCAAAGCGUCCAACUUGGCGCAACGUAUCGUUAACUCAGGGACAGAAGCCUUGAAUCGGAUGGAUCGUAUUUUGAAAGGACUCGAUCCCCUGAGAACCGACAAGGCCUACCCAACAUACCAGAAAUGGUAUACUCGCUGGAAGUGGACCACGCGCAAGGAGGAAUGGGCCGUUGUCAACAUUAUGCUCAAUUCUAUCAAGGGAAGCGCCAUUCUGCUCCUGUUGAUUGUAGAUUUCAACCACCAUCUUCAGGAGCUCGACCAGCUACGUGCUGAGAGGAAAAUAAUCCCGGAUGACCUGCAUCAACAACUCUCUUUGUAUGCGCGUCAGACCAAAGCCAUGAUGUCGAGGUUUAGAAAGACCGAAAAAGAGUGCAGACGAAUGCAAGCCCAGCAGGCAGACGUGCUGCAGACUGCUCGAGAGAUGGUUGCGGCGGUGUCUAGGCUGGCUCGAUUUCAGCUUGUGUCGCACCCGGAGCUCGAAGCCGUCCUACGCCGCAACGAUCCGCCACCCGACGUCCUCAUCCUCGCACCACCAGGAAUCCUCGAUCGAGACCUUCUUCACGCCAUGUACUGGUUCAUGAGGCGUCUCCGGGUGCCACAGAUCAAACACCUGUGGUUAUGA